GUGUGACUCUAGCUAGUCGUUGCACGCUCGCCGUCGCUCGACGACGUACACGCGCGUACGCGUCCCUUCACGGCGCCAUGGUCUGACCGCGUGUGUUCCGCUCCACCACCACCCGAUCACGUUUUUCGCGUUCGCAGCAAGCACGACCGUUACGCGAGUGUUCGCGACAUGGUGUUCUUCGGCAAAAAGAAAUCGGACCGCCGCGAACUGUUGGCCAGCAUGUCCAGCGUGGACCACAUAUCGUCCGCGCACUACAAGGUCCACGACAACGCUGCAUUUCAGCAUGUUCGAGAUAAUAUGGAUGAAAUCAACAACCAAGUAAAGGCUAAAGAGACUGAUAUAAUAUUUUUGAAAACAUUAAUGGAUAACCCGACUGUAGAGAAAAUAAUUAAGGUUCAAAACUGUUUGGAGGAGUGUGAAACUUGUGUUCCUGUAGCUAACAACUCCAAGCUUACAUUAAUUGAAUUGUGUCAUCUUUGUAAAUUGUCGAAACACCCAGUAGCCAAAGAAUUAUUGUCGAUACUCACCAAGUUGCAUUUUAAGGCUCUUUUAGAGAUUCACGAUAAAAUAGCCUUGAAGAGACUAAAAAAAACAUUAGACGUGUCUGAUUUACCUCCCACGCCCCCGACGCCACCUCAACAACAGCAGAACGGAACUAAAAUGUCUUCUCAAACGUACAAAAUAAUUGGUUUACGAAAGAAACCAGACGAACCUUUGGGUUUAACGGUUGAACAAGAUGAAAAUGGAAAUCUUAUUGUAGCAAGAAUAUUAUCAGGUGGUACAAUUGAAAAACAGGGGUUAUUGAAAAAAGGUGAUGUUAUUUUAGAAGUUAAUGGUGAACGGGUCGAAAGUCCUGAAGAUUUAUUGAACGAAGUUAGCCGUAGUAAAGAUACACUGCAGUUCCGAAUCGCUCCAGGAUUUUACAAUAAAAACACUAUUAAAACUCAACAAUGUUAUAUGCGAGCAUUAUUUGAUUACGAUCCAACAGAAGACAAUUUAAUUCCUUGUAAGGAAAUCGGUGUGUCAUUUAAACAUGGAGAUAUCCUUCAGGUUCUCGAUCAAAAAGACCCUAAUUGGUGGCAAGCAAAGAAAGUUGGUGAUAAUGAACUUCCAGGACUGAUACCGUCUCAAGAAUUGGAGGAAAGAAGAAAAGCUUUUGUGGCUCCAGAAGCAGAUUAUGUACAUAAAACCAGCAUUUGUGGAACUCGGAUUUCUAAAAAAAAAUGCAAGAAAAUGUAUCAGUCAAAAUGGAAUGGUGAAUUUGAUAAGGCUGAACUAUUGUUGUAUGAAGAAGUUACAAAAAUGCCUCCUUUUAAGAGACGUACACUAGCAAUAAUUGGUACAACUGGUGUAGGUAGACGGACAUUAAAAUGCCGUCUAAUAAACAGUGAUCCAGAAAAAUUCGCUGGAGUUAUACCAUAUACUACUCGACCACAAAGAGAAUUGGAAGAAAAUGGUCAGAACUAUUGGUUUGUCGAACGUGAUCAAAUGGAACAUGAUAUCCGAGAACAUAAGUUCUUGGAAUAUGGCGAAAACGGUGGAAAUUUAUAUGGCACAAAUUUGGAUUCAAUUCGCGAUGUCAUUAACCAAGGAAAAAUGUGUGUUUUAGACUGCAGUCCAGUGGCUUUGAAAAUUCUUCACAAUUCUUCAGAGUUUAUGCCCUAUGUCAUUUUCAUAGCAGCACCUGGUGUUGAAGUAAUGAAAAGUUUGUACGAUUAUUCGAGGAAUUUAGGAUACUCCAACCGGACAUUAACGUUUGAUCGUCAAAGUUCCAUUAGAUAUAGUUCUAGGAGAGCCCGUACUUUGGAAUCCCUUGCAUCGAUAUACGAGGAGGACGACGUAAAGAAGUCAUUAGAAGAAAGUGCUUGUUUGAAACGGAUGUACGAAAAGUACAUUGACCUCGUCAUCGUCAACGAAGAUUUUGAUAUGACAUUCCGAAAAGUGGUCGAAGCCUUGGAAAUCAUAUCUAAUGAACAUCAAUGGGUGCCUGUAAAUUGGGUAUAUUAAGAUACGUCACAUUUAAACAAAACAACGGUAUAUAUUAUACUUUCCUUUUUAUACAUAUAUAUUUAUCGUUUAUUUCAACACAAUCA